AUGAUGAAGCUUCCGAUCCAGUUGGUCCUGCUGCUAGCGCUGUUUGCCCUCGAAGCGACAGCGUUUGGUUUUGCCUUUCAUUUUGCAUCUCCGUCAUCACCGACUACUGGUAGAUGGACAACCACCACCACCACAACAAGAGUGAGCAUGGCAUCUCACGCCGCGGAUGACCCUGAAACGACUGGCAAACGAGAUCGAUUGCGCAAGCGACUGAAAUCGCUCUUGCGAAAACCAGAAGACCAACCGCCACUACUGGUAGAUCUAGUAGUAGAAGAGCAGCAAGACGACGACCAAGAAGUUUUGGAAGCCUUGUCCAUGGACAGUGCCUCCUUUUUCCAAGAAGUGGAGGAGCAGCAAAACUUGAAGAUCAAGAGCGACAUGAACAAGGGUCAGAUUGUCUCCUAUCGAAAACCCAAAGAGUCCAUUCUCAGCAGUACUAGCAGUAGUACUAGUAGUGUGGAAGAAAUGCCAGACAACAAACUGUUGCAUUUGUUUGGUCUGCUGGUGGGCACACUAUGGUGGUACAUCUUUUCCGCCACGGAAUUUUUGACCCGACCUGACAUUUUCGAUGUCUUUGGCAUUUACGCAUCCGGCGCCAACGGCCAACUCGUCUACAAUGCCAUGUCGGCAUACGUUCCAAUCUCCCAGUUUUGCACCUAUUUCUUCCUCUGGAAUCUCAUGACCUGCAAAAGUCUACGACAAGGCCAAGCGUGGAUUGGAGCCUGCAUUUUUGCCUGUGUCCCCGCCGAUACCAUUGUCAUUCUAUUCGAUCCUAUUGGUAGUAAGGCUGCCACUGUCUCUGCCUUUACACUCGUCACACUCAUUUACGGCAUGAUAUUGGCAUACUAUCUACGACAAGCCGCUGCUUUGGAACCCAAUCCCACCAAUGAUAUCUAUGACUCGAACAACAGUAAAAACAUCCUCCAAGAAAUCAUUCAUUAUCGACCUCCUGCCGAUUUGCAAAACACACACAUGGCCAUUGAUUUUGCGAGAGCCUUUGGAGCCUUUACCGUCACGGUCGCCGCCAUGAAGGAUCAACUGUUCCUGGGCAAUGUCGGUGCUCUCUAUUAUGGAACACUCUUUGUCGUCGUGGCACAUUCGGCAUUGGAAAUGGUCCUCACCACUGUGACUCCGGGAUUGGAUCUCUGUAAAUACAAGGGAUGGAUCAAAUUUCAAACAUUCAUGUCACUCUUUCAAAUGUUUGCCGCCACGUAUAUUGCCCACGUGGCUCCAGAAGAAGAAUUGUCCAUUUGGGACGAUCUCGUCUACAGUUUACUCUUUGGUAGUGCCGCUGCCGCUCUCCAAGAAUUUGCCGCCCUGUGGGGAGAAGAUGUCGAUUUUGAUCAAAAAGUCGGCAUGGCCAAUGCGCACAUUAUGGUGUGCGGACCAGAAGAUGACGAGUGUCUGCUCGAUGAAGGCGAGCAAUACGGGUACCGUAUAGAGCAAUAA